AUGAAGGCCAUAAGAUUUCUCAGUUCUUGUUCCAUGAUUUUGGCAAUUCUAGGCCAGCCUGUCAGUUCAAAUGUUUGCUCGACUGUAACCCCUCGUGUCCGUAAAGACUGUUUCCCAGAACCUGGGGCUUCUGAACUGGAAUGCCUGGCCAGGAAUUGCUGCUGGGCUCCAGAUAAUACUCCAGGCAUCCCAUGGUGUUUUCAGAAACUGGAUUCGUGUUCUGUGCUUCCUGCCUCUGAAAGAAUUGACUGUUAUCCAGACUCAGGGGCAAAUAAAAUUUCCUGUGAAAACCGUGGAUGUCACUGGUGUCCCACUAACCAUACCUCUGUCCCAUUUUGCUUCUAUAACUCCAAAGAAGAAGCUGAAUGCAUCGCAAAAUUUCCUAUUAAUAAGCGCAUUGACUGUUAUCCUCAACCUGGAGCUACUCAAGAAGCCUGUGAAGCUAAAGGCUGUUUCUGGUGUACUACAAACCUUGCCAAUGUACCCUGGUGCUUUUAUUCAGCAGAUGGUCCAUAUGGCUACUAUUUAAAGAGUGAACCUCAAAAGAUAGCUCAAGGAUGGAGGGUAUUACUGAGCAAACGUGACACUGUAACCUUGUUUGGAGAUGACAUUUCCCCAGUUGCAAUGGAUAUAGAAUAUCAUACCAAGGAUAGGAUUCGAUUUAAGAUUUAUGAUCCUUCUAAUGAACGAUUUGAAGUUCCACUCAAUAUUGAUUCUCCCCCAUUUGCAGCUGAAGACCCCAACUAUGAGGUUGAGUUUAUAAAUGAUGCAUUCCUAAAAUUAAGGAUAAUAAGACAAAGUACAGGGACAGUCUUAUGGGAAACCACUUUUGGAGGCCUGGUUUUUUCUAACCAGUUUCUUCGAAUAAAGGCCAUUAUUCCAUCCUCUACAAUCUAUGGAUUUGGAGAACAUGAACAUUCAUCCUUUAAACAUAACAUGAAUUUUGUUAAAUAUGGAAUGUUUUCUCGAGAUCAAUCACCAGCUUUUGGCAAUCUCUAUGGAGUUCAUCCUUUUUAUAUGUGCAUAGAGCAUGAUUUCAAUGCUCAUGGUGUUCUCUUCCUGAAUUCCAAUGCCCAAGAUGUCACUUUGAGCCCAAAUCCUUCUAUAACAUUCCGGACCAUUGGAGGAAUACUUGACUUCUAUAUGUUUAUGGGCCCCACGCCUGAAAAUGUUAUCCAGCAGUACACAGAGGCUAUUGGGAGACCAUUUAUGCCUCCAUACUGGUCUCUGGGAUUCCACCUGAGUCGAUGGGGCUAUAAUAAUCUAGAAGUGCUGCAGGAUACACUUGAGCGUUUAAAAGAAUUUGAUGUUCCUCAAGAUGUUCAAUAUGGUGAUAUCGACUACAUGGAUCGUCAGUUGGACUUCACGUAUGAUAAAAGUAAUUUUUUUAAUUUGCCUCAGUAUGUUAAGGCACUGAAAGAAGAAGGAAUACGUUACGUUAUUGUUUUGGAUCCCUUUGUGACAAAAGAUGAACCACCAGGCUCUUAUAAGCCUUAUGACCUUGGGCAGGAAAUGGGAAUAUGGAUCAAUAACUCCGAUGGAUUCACACCAGCUGUUGGCAAGGCUUGGCCCCCAGGAAACUCAGUUUUCCCAGACUUCACCAACCCAUUAACAACAGAAUGGUGGAUCCAGCUGUGCACUGAUUUUAAGAAGAUCAUUGAUUAUGACGGGAUAUGGAUUGAUAUGAAUGAACCAACCAAUUUUGGAACAGGACAGAAGCAAGGAUGUGCACUGAAUAAUCUGAAUAACCCACCAUAUGUGCCUGAUAUUACUAAUAGAAAUUUGGCUGAGAAAACGUUAUGCCCUGAUUCAAAGACUUACCUGGGACAUCAUUAUGAUACCCAUUCUCUUUUUGGUUGGUCACAAGCAAAAUCUACUUUUUAUGCUGUCCAGAAUGCAACAGGAAAGCGUGGAUUUGUUGUCAGUCGGUCAACAUUUGUUGGAAGUGGGAAAUACUCUGGCCAUUGGCUGGGUGAUAACUAUUCACGUUGGAAAGAUUUGCAUAUGUCAAUCAUUGGCAUGCUAGAAUUUAAUCUCUUUGGGAUUCCAUACGUCGGAGCUGAUAUAUGUGGUUUUAAUGAAGAUACAAAUUAUGAGCUUUGCCUGCGCUGGAUGCAAGUAGGAGCCUUUUACCCAUAUUCCAGAAACCAUAAUUCACUUGAAAGCCAGGAACAAGAUCCUGGUGUGUUUGGACAAAAGUUUGCUACAGCUGCCCGAACUGCUUUAUUGAUUAGAUACACACUGCUGCCUUACUUGUACACCCUCUUCUACCAUUCACAUACCAAGGGAAGUACAGUGAUUCGAGGACUGAUGCACGAAUUUACAUCAGAUCCUCAGACUCAUGAAAUUGACAAAGCAUUCCUCUGGGGUUCAUCUUUAAUGAUAGCUCCAGUUCUUACAGAGGUAAAACUUCUUAACCCUAUAUUAAUCAUUCGGGGAGGAGAUAAUGUUAAAUGCAAUCUGAAAGAAUAA